CAACUCAGCCAAAGCAAGCAGCGUUCAGCCCGUACACCAUGACCCAACACGACCGCGUACCUGGCAGCAACGUCCACUUUCAUCUCCCCAGGCCCGGCUCUUCCUCCCGCACUCCUGAACCAUCCACCUCCUCCCAGUUCGUCACCCAGUCCACCUCGUCCACCGGUGAGAGCGCAUCGAAGAGCUUUGGGCGCCUCCGUUCCUCGUUUGGGGCGAGCAUAAAGACGGCCACCAAAUCGCGCUCCAAGAUCGCUUCGCCAGAGCCCAACACGGAUGAGUUCGCGACUGUGUCGCGCAAGGGCAAGGGCAGGGCGCAGGACCCUGACGACCACCACGAGACACCGGCGGGUGCCAAAGAUAAAUCUAAGAUGGGCAUGCUCAAGAGGCUCGAAUCUAAAGUGGGAUUACGCGGCAGAAUGGGCAAGGACUCCACCAUGACUGCAGCUGCAUUAGAUGCUCAUGGAAACAACAUGGGCACAAAGUCGAAAGGCGGCCGCCAUGCAGGCCUGACAAGUUUCAUCACGCCUACGCUGCGAGGCGCCUCGAUUUCUUCUCCCGCUCUUCACCUUUUGUCUCCCUCGACCUUGCAAGGGCAGGACUCGUCCGACUCGACGACACCCUCCGCCUCUUCGGACAACAACCUUACCCGAGAACGAUCUCGACGCUGUAGCAUGCAGCCAACGCCAACCAUUAGGGGUAUCAGCGGUCCAUCGCCGCUCGCGUCGAAGCGCAAUGGGAGCGCGACUCCGGACCGCGCAGGUGCCGCGUCGCCACGCUCGGCUAAGCAGCGGCCCGCCCCCAUAUUCGCCCCUCCUCCACCCAGCUCGCGGCCGUCUGUCGAACGACGUAGCACGGACGCAAACCACCGGCGCAGCGUCUCUCGUGAUCGUGAGACCGACAUCCCGAGCCCACCCCCGACCCCGACUCCGACCCGCCCCAGGCAGGGCCAGUUGAGCGCCGGCUUGAACCGGCGCGCAACCGCCUCGUCGAGUGCAACGCAUCUCCCUUUAGCAUCACCUACUACCUCGCACGCGCCGUCAACGUCGACUGCGGCGCAGCAUGCUCGCUCGCCUUCGGGAAGACAGGCGGUGUCCGCCCGCGUGGGAAGCCCUGAACCCGCAAACCUUGCCCCGCUGUCGUCAAGUCCGCCUCGCAGAGUUUCCACUGAAAUGCGGCGACCCUCGACGGCGAACGACGCACGGAAGUCUGCAGAGGCUCGACGAGUCUCGGGCGAGAUUCCUCGUCGACAAUCUAUUGACGCGCGCAGACCCUCGGUAGACGCACGCAGACCCUCGGUCGACGGCGGGCGCCGCACCUCCAUCGACCAGCCGCGCCGCGUCUCGCUCGACCCCCAACAGCGCCGCCAAGCGGGCUCGCCUGUCCCCCCGCGCGCGAUCUCGCCCACGUCCGGCCCGUCGCGUUCGCGCGCAGCGUCGCCGACGGGCGACUCGAUAUACGGCGGUGCGAACGGGCGCGCGCUCAACUUCUCGUCUGCGAGUCUCGUCGGGCACGGCGUGGGCGCGACGACGGAGCAGCGCGAUCUCGUGCGGCGCGCGACGAGCGCGGUGUGCAGGGAGUUUCGCAAGCCGCCGGCGCAUCUUGCGGGUGCGGAUACGCAUCGGGAUUGGGAGGAGGUGGAGGUGCGCGUGCAGCCGCUGAUGCGGCUUGAGCGGAUGUGGGGUGGUAAGAAUGGUAGUGGUAUUGGUGGUGGCGCGCACGGAGCAAGCUCGACGCAGGUAAACGUGGUGGCUUCGCCGAGUAGUGCGGGAGAGGAGCGUGAGCGGAAGUUGUUCUGCGAGGCGCUUCGGGAUGGCAUUGUGUUGUGCCAAUUGAUGAACAAGCACUUUCCGAUCAUCGUCCGCAUCGAUCUUCGCGACGAUGGCUUCAACCGGACGAGCAACAUCACACGCUUUCUUGCGGCGUGCUCCUCCAAGGGCGUCUCGUCGGAUGAUCUCUUCUACCGAGACGACCUUAUCGAGGCCACGCCAGAGACGCUUGCGCGCGUCGCCCAAACUAUCCUGGCCCUCCUCGAUUUAGCAUACGCUCCACAGGCCGAUCGCGCGAAGGUCAUAUCAGGACAAGGCAAGAAGGGCGCCACUAGUCUCGUUACUAACACCGGCCCCUAUUCUCCAGGCUCGGUAUCGCGCGCGGCGUCAUCGACUCCCAACCUUGUUGUCGAGAGGCCUACCUCGCCGGUGGCGAUUCCUCCUCUUCCUCGGAACCGGGGUAGUCGUGCUGCGACGGGUUUGGAUACGGUACGAUCGAACAGCCCUCUAUCUGGCGCUUCGUCUGCCGGCACCACGAGGAAUGCAGGGAGCAGCGCUGAGGGGAGCAGCACUCACAUAGCAUCGAGUGAUCGUGAGACGGACAACGUGCCCCCGAUCUCGCAUCCGCCUGUUCCUCCCCGCUCGCCUCUUCGCGUGCGCUCGUCUUCAAAGCGCAGCGACGAACUCUUCGCUGCCGCUGCGGACGAGCAGCACAGCACCGGCUUCGAGCCCCCCUCGCGACAGUCCCGCGCGUCGAGCAACCUGACGGACACGACCGCGUUCUCGAGUCUGCUGGACUUCCGCCGGUCGAACUCGAACCAGGGCAAGUUCAGCACGAUCCGCACGGCCACGACGGAAGCGACCUCGUUUGCCUCGGACACGCCCUCGCUCACGCGCACCGAGGCGAGCGCGCUCUGCGAGGACAUGAGCCGCAGGCGUGAGCGGCGGCCCAGCGAGUCCGCGGGUGUGGACCUCAUGAGUCUCACGGAGGAGGAGGAGACGAACGCGAGCGCCAACGCCAGCGCGCGCUCGAGCCCGCCGCCGCGGUCGCGCGAGCGCCGGCGGCAGAAUGGGAGCAACGGCGGCUACACCGCGUUCGACGACGAUACCGCGCGGGCAUCGGCGGAGCCCGCGUCCCGCGUCCGGCUCGGCAAGGGCAAGUGGCCGGACGACUUCCUCGAUGCGUUCCAGGGUCCCUCGUCGAUGCCGUCCACGCCCGUGCGGCCCAUCCCCAUCGUCAAGUCGCCCGGGGCGGCGUCCGCCGCGGGGCCGGGCGAGCUGUUCCCGCUGAGCUCGUCGCCGCUCUCUGGGGCCGGCGCCGGGCCGCUCUCCGCGUCGCCCUCGCGCAAGCUCGCGAUCGUCGGUGCGUCGAGGCACAACGACAGCGGCGACUCUGUCGUCGCGCCCGGCCCGCGCCGCCCGACGCACCGGCCAAGACACAGCGUCGAUGUGCCGGGGUUCGUGCCGAGGGACAGCGGGAGUGGGAGCAGCGGGAGCGGGCCGUCGGCGUCGAUUCUCCGGCGGGACGUGAGUCCGAGCGGGCAGCCGAGGCUGAUGCUGCGAAGGCAGAGCACGCACGCGGGGCAGCGCCGGAACGGGGUGUAUAUCCCGCGCACGAGCAUCGAGGGCGGCGGCGAUGGGCAGCGGCCUGGUAUCGAUUCCGCAGACGGAGGAAACGGGAGUGCGCCGGUGCCGUUUCCGAGAGCGAGGGCUGGGUCGGGCGAGCAUGGGCUGCCAUCGCCUACGUCGCUCAAUGAUGUCAAUUCGGGUGGUGGUGUUGGUGGGGGCAAGAAUCUGGACGACGUUCCGCGUGCGCGCGGGCGAUUUAGGAGCGAGGUGGAGGGGACGCGGGCGAGGAGACGGAGCCGGCCGACGUCGUACGAUGAGAUGGGGCAGCCGAAGCGGUCGAGGUUUGAGAGUAUGGUCAAUCUCGGGGUUGCGUCGAACCGCGCGAGCGCGAGCGACUUGUUGUCGAGGGACUCGAUGGACGGGGGCGCGGUGAGGCAGACGAUCAUUGUGAAGGAGGACGGGAGGACGAUGCAGCUGUCGCUCGGGAACUGCAUUGGCCGCGGCCAGUUUGGUGUUGUAUACCGCGCUUUGAAUAUCACGACGGGGCAGAUGGUGGCGGUGAAGCGGAUACGUUUGGAAGGCUUGAAGGAGGACGAAGUGACGCAGCUCAUGAAGGAGGUCGAUCUCAUGAAGCGCCUAGGGCACCCGAGUAUCGUCAAGUACGAGGGGAUGGCCCGCGACGAGGAUUUCCUGAAUAUUGUGCUCGAAUAUGCCGAGAGCGGCUCGCUUGGCCAGACGCUGAAAGCUUUCGGCAAGCUCAACGAGCGGCUCGUCGCGAGCUACGUCGUCAAGAUCCUCGAGGGCCUGCACUACCUGCACGGCUGUGACGUCGUGCACUGCGACCUCAAGGCUGCCAACAUCCUCACGACGAAGACGGGCAACAUCAAGCUGUCCGACUUUGGUGUCUCGCUCAACCUGCGCGCGAUGGAGCGCGAGAAGGAUGUGGCUGGCACGCCGAACUGGAUGGCGCCCGAGGUGAUCGAGCUCAAGGGCGCGUCGACGAAGAGCGAUAUUUGGUCGCUGGGUUGCACGGUUAUCGAGCUGCUCACGGGGCGUCCGCCCUACGGCGAGAUUGCGAAUAGCAUGACUGUCAUGUUCCGGAUUGUCGAGGACGACAUGCCUCCUAUCCCCGAAGGCUGCUCUGAGCCCUUGGUCGACUUCCUACAGCAGUGCUUCCAGAAGAACCCGGAAGACAGACCUGAUGCAGAGCUGUUGUGUGAGCAUCAGUGGCUGAAGAAAAACUGGGAUGCUCUCCAGGAGCUGAGACCACAAGACAGCAUUCCGUUCCUGCGUCGCGUCAGUGCCGAUAUUCACAAGACCGAUGUGGCUCGGUUGCUCUCGUUCUCCAACGUUGCCGUCGACGUACCAGAGUCUGCCAUUUCGGAAGAUACCAGUAAUGAUUACCUCAAGCCACCUACGACUCCGAUGCGACGCAGACUUUCCAGCCAGCUUCCAACCCCGAUUUCGCCCAUGGCCCCCAUCACGCCUAUGGUUACUGGCGAGGAGCCUAUCUCACAGAGCGAGCACAGCUUUGUCAAGACUACAUUUAAGAAGAAUUCGUCAAUGAUCUGCCGUGUCUGUAUGGAAGGGAUCAAGAAGAGCGCAGUGAUUUGCGACCAGUGCAAUUUUAUCGCCCACCCCAAGUGUGCCCCUGACGCACCUCCAACGUGUCACAUGCGGAGACAGCUGCUACUGUACGCGCAGUAUGCAGAGCGCGGUGAUCCUCACAGCAUGUACUCGAACCCGAUGCUCGUCGAUGGCUCGACUGUGCCCUCCACCGGACCGGGGUCGGACGUUUCGUUUGUCACGCCCUCUCCACGUCCGAGCAUGGACGGCUCGGCGCUGCCGCCACAUGCCCUCAACAUGCCAGCACCCAAUCCGCCGACGGCGUUCCGGUUCAUCCAACACGCUUUCAGGCGCUCGCGUUCGUCUCUCUCGACGGACUUACAACAUUCUACCGAUGCACUAGUGGCGACCUCUCAGGAGCAGGAAGAUAUCAAGCCAGCUACUCUUAGCGUCCCCACGCCAAAGCACAAGCCAUCGAAGCUGCACCGCACGAAAAGCACGCGCACGACGGAGCGCCCGCACUCGCUCUCGAGCAACAGCACGGCGCGACACCCGCCGAGCAUGCGGACCGUCGAGAGCCACUCGAGCCGACCAGAGGCGUCGCGCAAGUCUCUGCGUUCAUUCGGAGAGGCGGACUCGGAGGUGUCGCGAUCGCCCCACGCGCGGCCGUCUGCCGUUCCCGAAGAGGGCCCUAUGCACCGGAGUCCCUUCCCGAAAGCUGCGUCGGCACCGGCCUUCGUGCAGGAGAGCUAUGGUGCACCGGGUAACAACCAUCAUGACCAUCACGCCCACUUCCAUACGCACGGGCGGAGCAAGUCUGCGAACUGCACGAUCCAGUGAACAACGGGUUUACCGCUCAGUUCUUUCUAAAAAAUUAAAAUUCGGCACGUUAUUAUCGAAACUCUGGUCCGAACCAUCAUCAAAUUAAAGCCACACCAUCUAUCUCUAUCUUUUUUGGUUGCUUCUGUAUUCAUGCACGCCCAGCAAACUGCAUCUGCACCGUUUUAUCCGCAUCGACACGACGCAAACACUUUCCCUCUUUUUCUCCAUUGUGCAAUUACCUCAACCUCAUUACCGACUUAAGUCGGGCGCCGAUGCGAAUAUCUCCAAGGCGGCUCAUUACCCACCCACGCACCUCUGCAAUAACAAACACACGCUGCGCUUCCUGUUCCAUAUUCCCCCAACACCACCACGACGUUUUGAUUCAAAGACCAUUUUCGCACUUCUAUUUUAAUACCUUAUACGUUAUACCUUCCAUCUGGUAAUGGGUUCCAUGUCGUUUGUUAGGUUGGGACGCUAGGAUUCCCUGUUUUACUGCGCACACACUCACUGUCCACGCCUGGGCCACGUAUGUUGUCCCCGUUUUUCGAAGCCUCGUCAAUGCUCGCACCACAUGUGAACUCCUUUCGAUUAUAUACCGCUCAUCCACCUUGACUUUCUUAUAUCCUUUGAUUCUGUGGACUGCUUCCUCAUCGCCAUCCUCGACAUUCUUCAAAUUUCAUACUCAUAUCUCAUUUCCAUCUCUCCCCCACUCUGA